CUAUCUUGUAUUUCUCCUUUACCAUACUUAAACCAAAAUUUCCAUUUCCAUUUGAUAUUGGUGAAUGGUGAUGGAUCGCUCACAAGUAGAAAUAGAAGAACAAGGGUUGGGUGCCAAUCCGUACGGUCUAUUGUUGAAGGCGCUAACAUUAAUACCCUCUUGGCACUACUUUUUGGCCUUUCUCAUUCUCUCCCUCCUCUUUCUCUACAAUUUCUUGGAAUUCCAUUUCCUCCAGGAUUUGUUUUCCGGAUUCAGAGGACAUCCCGUUUCCUUAACUUACAACCCUUGCUCCGUCAUCCACGACGCCGUCGUUUCCAAUUGCCGCGUUCUCCGUGGCCGGUAUUGUGCGACGCCAUGGCUUUCUAGCCCUCAUGUACAGACUGUUUUUCUCAAUUUCAAUGGGAGGCCUCCUGUUUUUAGCUACAGAAGACAACUGUUUUAUACUUCUGACGGUGGAACCAUUGCUCUGGAUUGGCUAAUGAAAUGUGAUGUUUCAGGAGGUGCUUUACACAUGAAUAGUUCUAUUUCUAGAAAUGAAACUACUCCUAUCAUGGUAGUGGUUCCUGGAUUAACAAGUGAUUCAUCGUCAGCUUACUUAAAGCAUCUUGCCUUCAAUACAGCAAAACAUGGCUGGAAUGUAGUUAUUAGCAAUCACCGAGGGUUGGGUGGUGUUUCAAUAACUUCUGAUUGCUUUUAUAAUGCUGGAUGGACGGAGGAUGUACGUGUGGUUAUUAAUCAUCUUCAUAAAGAAUACCCUAAGGCUCCUUUAUUUGCUGUUGGAACUAGCAUCGGUGCCAAUAUUCUGGUAAAAUAUCUUGGGGAGGAUGGAGAGAAUGUUCCUGUUGCUGGUGCUGUAGCUAUAUCCUCUCCUUGGGACCUUUUGAUUGGUGACAGAUUUAUAUGCCGCAGGCUGGUGCAAAAGCUUUACGAUAGAGCUCUUACUAUUGGCCUUCAAGGUUAUGCACAAUUACACCAGCCUCUCUAUUCUCGUCUUGCUAACUGGGAAGGCAUAAAAAAGUCACGUUCUAUUCGAGAUUUUGACUGCCAUGCGACCUGCCUUGUUGGAAAAUUUGAGACUGUGGAUACAUACUACAGGCGCUGUAGUAGUGCUAGUUAUGUGGGAAAUGUGUCAAUACCACUACUCUGUAUCAGUGCUUUGGAUGAUCCAGUCUGUACAAGGGAAGCUAUCCCUUGGGAUGAAUGCAGGGCAAAUAAAAAUAUUGUGUUGGCUACCACAAAGCAUGGAGGACAUCUAGGAUUCUUUGAAGGAAUAACUGCAUCUGGCCUCUGGUGGGUAAGAGCAACUGUGGAAUUUCUUGAUGUUCUACACUCUAGCCCAUAUAUGCAUGUACAAAAGAAGAUGCAGAAUUCUGGUCCACAUUCAGCAUUGGACUCUACAAUUGAUCAGGGUCCAUAUGUAAAUAUUGCAGAAGAUGGAAUGGUGGCUGCAAUGUGCAAUGAGCAAAAUAAAGAUGACUCAAUAGAGGAAAUAUCUGAACUGCAGAACAUUCAUUAUGAAAAAGAUAAUAAAAUGGUUUCUGAUGCAAAACAGGAUGAGUGCUCCACAAAAGCAAAGGAUGAUUCUUUCCCGGUCAUAGCAGACACCACCAAACAUGCCACUAGUGUCCAGGAUGUCAAGCCACUUGAUGUAAUUUCUCCUAUCCGAAGAUGCUUAGAUCUGCUAUCUCGACAGAAUAGGUGUUCCAUAUGGUUGCUUGCUUACAUUGCCAUUAUAACAAGUUGGCCAUUGGUAGGCUCAGCUGUCAGCAUUGUCUUUAAAAAGAAGCUCAGAUAUGUCUUACCUGCUGCCUUUUUCAGAAAACAUUCUGUUAAAUGAUCAUUGUAUUCUGUACAUGUUUUUAUCAUUUGUUGUAAUUCUGAAAUUGGCAUUAUCCUACCAAGUUACAUUUCCAUACUAAUUGUCUAUGAAAUCUUAAUAAUUCCUCAAUCAAUCCCAAUGAGUGAAGAGGCUGGACAAUGAAUAGAACAAUCAAACUUCUUUUUUUCCUUGGAACUUAGUUUUUCCAAGAGAAUAAAAUAAUUUAUGUGAACUUUUAUGAUA